AUGGCCCAUAAUAACCAGACAUGGAUGAAUGAGUUCAUCCUCUUAGGGCUAUCUAAUGACUGGAAGAUUCAGAUCUACCUCUUUGUCCUCUUCCUGGCUAUGUACUUGGUGACUAUGCUGGGAAACUUCCUUAUCAUCCACCUGAUCCGGAUAGACAUCCGACUUCACACCCCCAUGUACUUCUUCCUUAGCAUCCUGUCCUUUGUGGAUAUCUGCUAUAUGAACAGCACUGUCCCACAAAUGCUUAUUCAUUUUCUAUCUUCAAGGAAGUCCAUCCCAUUCCAUAGCUGUGUGGUUCAGCUCUAUAUCACACUGGCAUUGGGUGGAACUGAGUUCUUCCUGCUGGGAGCAAUGGCAUAUGACCGCUACGUGGCAGUGUGCUAUCCACUACACUACACAGUCAUUAUGCAUGGUGGACUCUGCAUUGCUCUGGCUGCUGCCUGUUGGACUGCUGGAUUCCUGAACUCACUCAUGGAGACAAUCAUUACCUUUCGACUUCCUCUCUGUAAGGAUGUUAUCAAUCACUUUGCCUGUGAGACUCUAGCAGUGCUGCGCUUGGCUUGUGUGGACAUUUCCUUCAACAAGGUCAUGGUGGCCUUCUCAGGCUUUGUGGUACUCAUGUUACCCUGCUCCCUGGUUCUGUUUUCCUAUGCCCAGAUUGUUAAAGCCAUUCUACGUAUCCGUUCUGCUCAGGGACGUCGCAAAGCCUUUGGGACCUGUGCCUCCCAUCUCACUGUGGUCUCCCUUUGUUUUGGGGCUAGUAUCUUCACCUACAUGAAGCCCCAGUCCAACUCCUCAGCAGAAAAUGAAAAAAUGCUUGCCUUAUUCUAUACUACAGUGGCCCCUAUGCUCAAUCCUAUGAUCUAUAGCCUGAGGAACAAGGAAGUGAUGGGUGCUCUGAGAAGAGCCCUGGGAAGAUUCUCUGAAGAAACAUGA